GUUGGCAAGCAUAUUAUGUGUUAGGAAUAUAUACUGCCUAACAGGCCCAAAAUCGCGCGAUGCGGCUCAUAUACUGUCACAGGGUGAGAAGAAUGUGCAGCCAGACCGAGGCUGGAAUCCAGGAUCACUAGAUGACAAGAUGAUGAAGGCAACAAUCAAAGAGAUACUAUGCUACCUGCUGUUACCUUUAGUUGCAAACACAGUCUCAGGGGAAGUAAACCUGACAGCAUCUGGCAGCUUCAUAGACAAUACAUAUGUGGUGAAGACUGGUAGCUCGGUGACAUUGACCUGCAGUAACAGUGAUAAAGCUACCUAUGUUUCAAUAGCAGAUAAGGAUGGAACUGUUCUUGGUUCAUGCACUGUAUUUAUGGGAGAUUUCACGUGUACACCAACUUCUUCGUAUACUGUAGAUACAUCUGAUGCAUCCUUGAAUUACUUUAGAUAUGUCAUCGGUAGCUUCCAGAAAAGUAAUUGUGGAACCUAUAAGUGUGAGUUGGGAACAGAUUCAACAGUGUUUUCUUCGAUAACUGUUGAGCAUGAAGUUUACUACAAUGAUCCAUGUGGCUCUACGUGUGGAACAUGUGAGGUCAACAACUUUGAUUGCCAGGCAACAACCAACACAUGCAUAUGUAAAGGGGAUACAAUUCCAGAUUCAGAUGACUCAACCAAAUGCAUUUGCAAGUGUAAGGUCCUUCAAAUUGUGUGGUCAGUCAUCUUCAUUGUCUUGAGUAUUGUAUCAGGAGCCGUGGUCUUGUUUGUUAUAGUUGCAGUUAAAAAACCAAGACAAUGGCUAGCUAAACACUUGUGUGCCAAAGCCCACCUUUGCAUGAUAUGUUGGGUAGUUUUCAGUUUUGUGUACAGCAUUGUUGCUGUGAUUCUCUACAAUGUCCUAGUAUGCAAAGAUGGCUCGAGCAAAGAAGAUUGUUGGCCAGUUUACCUCAUACUUGGAAUUGUAGUUAAAGGUGGAGAUGUGGCAGUAUCUCUCCUUGCAGUACUUGCCUUUUUAAAAGGACAGGCGUGAAGAUGCAGAGGUAAAGAAAAGUAGGGAAAAAAAUAAAAAAUCAAGGAUUAGAGUGACCUACUCUAGCAAGUGGUGAUGAUGGUUUUAACUUACUGGAAAAAUAAGUUUGAUAGUCUGCAUACUGUGAUAUAACUUCUGAUGACUUUCAUCAAAAUUAUACUAGUAGAAUAAACAUGAUGCAUAAUAAUCAAUAGAAUGAGUGUCUCAUCAAACAUCAAACAGUUUUGAUGCAUAGUUACCGAAAAAUAUUAAAAUUAAUUUAAUAUUGGAAAUAUAUGUUAUUGAAAUAAAUAUAUUACAACAUUUACUGCCUUCAAUUGUGUCCAUUACAUAUAGCUGGCAUAAUUAAAUGCAUAUUAUUAUUUUGUUGUAUUCAGAGAUAAAAGAAUAUGCCUGAGCAUAAUAGGAUUGGUAAUUGAUAAAGCAAUGACUGCAAUUUUAUUUAGCAAUGACUGCAAUUUUAUUUGUGUUACACAUACUACUAAUAAAGAUUAAACUUAUUCAUAAAGCUACAAGAUGUAUGUGCCAUAGCAUUUUGUGAUUUUAACAAUUAGUCUUAAUAUAAAUCCUUGGCAAAAAAGUCAUGCAGCAUGGUAUAUAACUGAAAAAUAUGUAUAUUUUAAGUUUGAAUUUUUCAUGUUUUAUAUAAUAUAAUUGGAAAUUUUUAGCUAUUAACUCUGCUACCAAAUUCAAAAUGAUUUAUUGUAAUUAAAUUAUUCCCCUUGUAUGCUUAGGGGUAAUACAUGAAAUGUCACAAAACAGCCCUGUCUUUGUAAAUGCUCAAACAAACUUCAAUAUUAAAAGUACACAUGAAUCAACUUUACUCAUUGAUGGUACAUACCACGGUGGUUUAUUUAUUCAUAUUUGCAAAACUUCUCCUAAAUACAUCUCAAGUACAAAACAUAAAAUGUGGAGUCAUUAUGUAGAAUGUUUGUGUGUGGUGACCUGGUAGUGUGGAAUUCACCUAUUUGUUCCAUACUGGAUGAGUGAUUGCGUGGGUAUACAAUACUAAUGUAACCUGCAAUAUUCCCCUACUGAAUGUCUGAUAAGGUUGUUAUUGACUGUAUGAAGAAAUUAUUGAAAAAGCAUUGUAAUAUUAUUAUUGUUGUCAUCUGGUUGUGAGUUUGGUAUCCAAGUGUAUAAUACAUCAUCAAGUAUUUAUUUCCUAUACAGACAUCAGUGUAUUUGGUAUGGUGUUAAGCAAUAGCAUUUUAUACCAAGAGCAUUUUAAUCAUCCUUUAGUAUGAUAGUGCCUCAUGUCAUUACUCUCGUUUGUACAUGUAAUGUUAUUUAUCAUUCAGAUCUAUAUUUUUAGCUAGUCUAGGUACUGUCUCGCCUUUGUUCGUUCGGUAGCAUAAGUGCGCAAGUUUGCAAUACGGGCAAGAUAUUCAAAUGAAACUUGAACUUGAUACAUAUAAUGCCCAAGACAAUAAUGCACAAGUAUGUAAAUGCCCUUAACUCCGGUUUUAAUAAUUGAAGAGCAAUGAACCUCCUCAAUUGAAAAACAAUAUACUAGUGUUUGCUUCCAUCUCCAGUUGCAUUUUCUUUGUAAAACAUUGAUCCGUCAUCCAUCCACAAGAUCUUAGAGGUCUCUUUGCUCAUUUCUUGCUGUGCUUAAAAGUAUUACUGAGUUUUAAAUAUUACUUUAUAUGCCUAUAUUUUAUUUAUUCUGAUGCAAUGUAUUGUGCCAUACUUGCUACAUAUACUUUAGUACUCAAGUUAUGUAUCAAGCUUUGUUCCAUAUUUCACAUUCCUUUGAAAUGACCUUUUAUUGUGCUAUAAUACAGUGAAUAAGUGUCCAUGUUUACCAUAUAUGAUGAUGAUGUAUAGGACUUGAAUCUAACCCUGCUUGAAAGUUUACUGUUGCUGCUCAUGAUGUGUCUUCAUACAUGACUUUAACUGUGCUGCUACAGGAAGCUAUUUUGUUAAGAAUUUGCACAAGUUUUUUAAGCUAGAUACAGAAUUAUAAACCAAGAAAUUUGAGGAGAAACUGAUACAUUUCAAGAAAAGGUAUACUGUUAAUCUUUUAACAUUGUAUAACAAUGGUAUAAAUGUUUGAUUACUGUUUGUUUUUUUAGUUUAUUACCUCUUUACAUUGUACAACAAUGGUUUAAGUGUUUGAUUACUGUUUUUUUAGUAACAUCUUUACAUUGUACAACAAUGGUUUAAGUGUUUGAUUACUGUUUUUAGCUCACCUGUCACAUAGUGACAAGGUGAGCUUUUGUGAUCACAAUUUGUCCGGCGUCCGUCCGUCGUCCGUCCCUCCGUAAACUUUUACUUUAAACGACAUCUCCUCAUAAACCGCUUAGCCAAUUUCAUCCAAACUUCACAGGAAUGUUCCUUGGGUGGUCCCCUUUGAAAAUUGUUCAAAGAAUUGAAAUCCAUGCAGAACUCUGGUUUCCAUGGCAAUGGAAAGGAAAAACUUUAAAAUUCUUCUUCUCCCAAACCACAAGGCUUAGGCCGUUGAUAUAUGGUAGGUAGGAUCACCAAUUGGUCCUCUACCAAGAUUGUUCAAAUUAUGGCCCUUGGGUCAAAAUUGGCCCCGCCCCGGGGGGUCAUGGGUUUUCUCUAGUAAAACUUAAAAAAUCUUCUCCUCUGAACUUACUUGGCCUAGAGCUUAGAUAUUUGUCAUGAUUCAUCGUCUAGUGGACCUCUACAAAGUUUGUUCAAAUUAUGGCCCUGGGGUCAAAAUUGGCCCUGCCCCGGGGGGUCAUGGGUAUGCUCUAUAUGUUUAUAGUUAAAACUUAAAAAAUCUUCUCCUCUGAACUUACUUGGACUAGAGCUUAGAUAUUUGUCAUGAUUCAUCGUCUAGUGGACCUCUACAAAGUUUGUUCAAAUUAUGGCCCUGGGGUCAAAAUUGGCCCCGCCCCUGGGUGGUCAUGGGUUUUCUCUAUAUGUUUAUAUUAAAAAAAUAAAAAAUCUUCUCCUUUGUACUUACUUGGACUAGAGCUUAGAUAUUUGGCAUGAUUCAUCGUCUAGUGGACCUCUACAAAGAUUGUUCAAAUUAUGGCCUUGGGGUCAAAAUUGGCUCCUCCCCGGGGGUCAUGGGUAUACUUGAUAUGUUUAUAGUUAAAACUUCAAAAAUCUUCUCCUCUUAAAUUACUUGGACUAGAGCUUAGAUAUUUGGCAUGAUUCAUCGUCUAGUGGACCUCUACAAAAAUUGUUCAAAUUAUGGCCUUGGGGUCAAAAUUGGCCCCGCCCCGGGGGGUUAGGGUAUUCUCUUUAUGUUUAUAGUGAAAACUUCAAAAAUCUUCUCCUUUGAACUUACUUGGACUAGAGCUUAGAUAUAUGACAUGAUUCAUCAUCAAGUGGACCUCUACAAAGAUUGUUCAAAUUAUGGCCCUGGGGUCAAAAUUGGCCCCGCCCCGGGGGGUCAUGGGUAUACUUGAUAUGUUUAUAGUUAAAACUUCAGAAAUCUUCUCCUCUUAACUUACUUGGACUAGAGCUUAGAUAUUUGGCAUGAUUCAUCGUCUAGUGGACCUCUACAAAGAUUGUUCAAAUUAUGGCCCUGGGGUUAAAAUUGGCCCCGCCCCUGGGUGGUCAUGGGUUUUCUCUAUAUGUUUAUAUUAAAAAAAAUCAAAAAUCUCCUCUGAACUUACGUUGCUUAGAGCUUAGAUAUUUGGCUUGAUUCAUCGUCUAGUGGACCUCUACAAAGAUUGUUCAAAUUUUGGCCUUGGGGUCAAAAUUGGCCCCGCCCCGGGGGGUUAGGGUAUUCUCUAUAUGUUUAUAGUUAAAACUUCAAAAAUCUUCUCCUCUGAACUUACUUGGACUAGAGCUUAGAUAUUUGGCAUGAUUCAUCAUCUAGUGGACCUCUACAAAGAUUGUUCAAAUUAUGGCCUUGGGGUCAAAAUUGGCCCCGCCCCCUUGGGGGGUCAUGGGUUUUCUCUGUAUGUUUAUAGUGAAAACUUCAAAAAUCAUCUCCUCUGAACUUACGUGGCUUAGAUAUUUGAUAUGAUUCAUCGUCUAGUGGACCUCUACAAAGUUUGUUCAAAUUAUGGCCCUGGGGUCAAAAUUGGCCACACCCGGGGGCCUUAGAUAUUUGGCAUGAUUCAUCGUCUAGUGGACCUCUACAAAGUUUGUUCAAAUUAUGGCCCUGGGGUCAAAAUUGGCCACACCCCGGGGCUGAUGGGUUUUCUCUAUAUGUGUUAUAGUGAAAACUUAAAAAAUCUUCUCCGAACUCACAAAGACAAGUAACGUCUUAAUUUAAACUGGAUAACAUAUUUAGUACACAUACCAAUUUUCAAUAUGGGCCACAUACAACAAUUAAUAACAAAUAUACAUAUAUAGAUACACACGUAAAAUCAAGUAGUGACAAGAGCUUAGAUAUUUGGCAUGAUAUAUCAUCUAGUUGACUUGUACCAAUAUUGUUCAAUCUUUGGCCCUGGGGUCAAAAAAUGGCCCCACCGGGGCGGUCAUGGGUUUCCUUAUAUAUGUAUAUGAUGAAAACUUAUAAAAUCUUCUUCUCCGAAACCAAAAGGCGAAGGCCUUAGAUAUUUGGUAUGAAGCAUUGUUUAUCGGACCACUAUUAAGAUUGUUCAAACUUUAGCCCUGGGGUCAAAAUUGGCCACGCCCCGUGUUCAUAGGCUUAGGUUUUCAAUAUUUUUAUAUAGUCUUAUAUAAUAAAACUUUAAAAAUCCUCUUCUCCAAAAUAUAAGACCUAGAGCUUUCAUAUUUGGUAUAUAGUGUUACCUAGUGGACCUACACCAAAGGUAUUCAAAUUAUUGUCCUGGGGUCAAAUUGGCCUUGCUCAGGGGUCAUUUGUUUUUACAUUGUCUUGUCACUUAAACCUCUUUUCCUCUGAAAUUAAAGGUCAGAAUGACUCCAUACUUGAUAUGUAGCAUCCUUACAUGGUCCUCUCUCAACUUUGUACAAAUGGUUUUGUUUGGCCCCUUUUAGGGGUCACCAGAGCAAAAAAUAGAGAAACCUUUAAACAACUUGAUCUUAUUAACUGCUUGAUGGAUCUUCAAGUCUGAAGCAUCCUAGCAUGGGCCUCUGUCAGGUCUUUUCAAAUAAUUUUGUUUGGCCCAUUUUAAGGGCCACCAGAGCUAAAAUUAGUAAAAAAAACUUAACAUUUUCUUCGCAUGAACCCCUUGAUAGUUCUUCAGCAAAUUUGGUUUGAAGUGUCCUUGCAUGGACCUCUAUUAAAUUUGUUCACAUAAUUUUGUUUGGCCCGGUUGCCAUGGCAACCUAAAGGAAAAUGUCAACAAUUGGUUAUAAUCAUUUUCUUCUCCUAAACCGCUUUGACAAUUUUGAUGAAACUUCAUAGGAAUGAUCCUUGGUUGGUGCUUUUUCAAAAUUGUUCAAAGAAUUAAUUCCAUGUAGAACUCUGGUUGACAUGGCAACCUAAAGGAAAAGUGUCAACAAUUGGUUACAAUCAUCUUCUCCUAAACUGCUUGGACAAUUUUGAUGAAACUUCAUAGGAAUGAUCCUUGGUUGGUGCUUUUUCAAAAUUGUUCAAAAAAUUUAGAUUUUAAAAUGACUUGCCAUAUGUUUUCGACAUACCAAGACAACGUGUCGUGUGCAAGACCCAUGUCCCUACCUCUAAGGUGAAAGAUACACUAAGUGUUUAUUCACAAUGGACAUAAAGAGUGUUGGCUGUCAUUUAGUAUGAUUGGUUUUUUUUCUAUGCUCAGAGGCAAUUUAAUAUAACUUGCAAUAUGUUUUUGACACAUAAAGGCAAGAUCAACUUUUUAUGUACUUGUUCAUAGAUCAAUGUCACAUUGGGGGGCAUUUGUCACAUACUUUGACAGCUCUUGUUCAAUAUUCUUUGAGAAACAAGCUAUAUUAAUAACAAAGGUUAAACUCUUUUACUCAGGUGAGCGAUUUAGGGCCAUCAUGGCCCUCUUGUUUUUUUAGUAACAUCUUUACAUUGUACAACAAUGGUUUAAGUGUUUGAUUACUGUUGUUGUUUUUUUAGUUUAUUACAUCUUUACAUUGUACAACAAUGGUUUAAGUGUUUGAUUACUGUUUGUUUGUUUUUUAGUUUAUUACAUCUUUACAUUGUACAACAAUGGUUUAAGUGUUUGAUUACUGUUUGUUUGUUUUUUAGUUUAUUACCUCUUUACAUUGUACAACAAAUGUUUAAGUGUUUGAUUACUGUUUGUUCAUUUAGUUAAUUAAAUCUUUUUACAGUGUACAACAACGGUUUAAGUGUUUGUUUAUAUAUUUGUGUGCUGCUUAUUGAGUGCCAUAAUUGUGUAUAACAUAAUUAUAUCAUGUAUGUAUAUACGUUUAAAAUUGACAGUUAAAGUUUGUUAAUGUCUUUCAAGAUUUUUAAUUUUUACACUUGUUUGGAAUGUUUUAAAUGCCAUACUUGUUGUUUGAUAGCUAUUUCAAAGGAAACAAAAACACAAUAUAUAAAAGUCAUACUUAUUUUGUCAUAGCUAACUGUGUUUUGUUAAAAAUGUUUUACAACAUGUGAAGUAUAUUACUGUACAUCACUCAUAGAGUUGAAUAUUUUGUGAGCAUAAUCUUCAAAUUCAAUAAUGUAUAAUGUUUAUGUGAUUUAUUAAAUGACAAUGAAAGGCAAAUGAAAUAUUAUCAGCUUGUCACAACCUAAUGUAUCCAAGAGCCAUAAAUAUUUAUCCAAUGUCUUGACGAUAGGAAAAAACACAAUGUUUGCCCCUUUGAAUAGCAAAUAUGUUUGAAGUGUGUCCUUUAAAUGAAUGAGGUACUUUUAUACAUAACAAAUGAUUCCAUCUGCAUUGCAGUAAACAUUGAUUAUAUAAUGAUUGUAAUUCAUUUAAAAUGGUAUAUUGUAAUCGAUUGCAAAGUUUCUUCCAACAAUUGGUCAUAAUUCAAGUGAUUGAUCAACAGUAAACGGAGAAGCAUACCUAUACUUGACAGAAGUGAAAGCAAUAAUAAUGCAAUAUUUACUGAUAUGAAAAUACAUAUCAAAUUACGUCCUUGAUGACUUCACCAAAUACCUUUUCUUUCUUCGUGUUCAGAGUAUAUCUAAUAAUAAACAAAAUAUAGUCAUGUUGUUAUGUAAGAGUUGUUUUGUUAAUUAUAAGGUUGUUUGUUAAAUACUCUAAACACGAAGAAAGAAAAGGUAUUUGUUGAAGUCAUCAAGGACGUAAUUUGAUAUGUUUACAAUCAGUAGUAAAGUACGCAUAAAUUGUGCACUAUUGAAAUUCAGUAACUUGUAGGAAUGUAAGGGGGAUUCCCCACAAUAAAAAGAGCCAAUGAUAAAUGCUCCUUCAAUCUGCAUACCAUCAAUAUCUAGUCCAAUGCCAAGUUUAUAUUCAGCACGCUUACUGCAUCUUUAGGUUAUACUAAAAUAGCAAUGUUUAAAUGCCGUAUCAGUGAUUUAUAGAGGUGGUCGUUUUGGAUCUUGUUUUGCAUGUUAUAAGCUCUUUAUCAAAAGACAUGAAUCAUGACUCCAUCUAGCUAUUCCUUUAACCCUAACAUAAAAUAUGCAUUUAUGAAUGUAUCGUUUUACUGUCUCUGUCAAAUGUAUAAUACAUGAUCAUUGCAUGUUGUUCUGUAAUUAAGGCUUUCGUUUAAGUGUAAAGUUCCAGUUUUAAAACCUUUUAUAAAUCAAAACAUUACAGCCUUUUUUGUUAUGGAUGAAGAAUUGUGUUGAGUGCUACCAUGUUUGUUUUCAUUGUGCCAUAGUUAACGUGAAUCUGAAUCUUUGUUAUUAAGUAAUGUGUUUGAUUAUUGCCCUGGGAGAGUAUUUGCUCAGAGACAUAAAAACAUGAAACCAUCUUGAAUACCACUAAUUGAUUUUAAGAUCAAAAGCGAUCAAAUGUGCAUUGAAUUCUGGCCUGAAAAGUUGCACAUUUCACAAGUAGCCCUAUCUAUAUAUAUCAAGGUGUUGAUUAUUGCUUGAGUUUUUUUUUGAUUUUUUGGUUUGAUUAUUUGCAGUUCAAUAAGUAUUAUAUAUCACUGUUAUAUGCAAAAUGUUGGUUAUAUUUGCAUUACAUGCUUUUGUUUUCUUUGUAAUUGUUAUGAAUGAUUCUUGAAUAAAAGUUUUCCUUA